AUGACGAAAAAGAAAGCCAUAAGAGUGGGCCAUCGAGGAGCCGCAAGGAGAUUAAUUUCAAAGAUUGAAGAGGAAUUAGAGAAAGAAACAACACAACGCGACGAAAUAGAAAGCCUAUGUGAAACCUUGAAGAAAAAGAGGGAUAUUCUUUCGGAACUUGAUAAUAAAAUAUUAGAGGAGAUUACAGAGGAAAACAUGGAAGCAGAGAUAGAAGACUCAGAUCGGUAUGUUUUAGAUAUAGAACGAAUUUUGACAAAAGUACGCAACUCAUCAAGUUCAAAACAGAAAAAUAAAUCAAAUGAAACUAGCUCUAAUCAUAACUUAAAUCCAAAUGCAGCAGAUUUUGUUUUUAUCAACUCUACAUCUACAUGUAAUACUCCACAUCCCAUUCAGAAUAAUGACAUGCAAUACAGAUCGUCAAUGAGCGCAACAAGUUCUAGCAUCUACCACAAGCUACCAAAAUUGAAUCUACCAUAUUUUAAUGGCAAUUUGUUAAACUGGCAACUUUUCUGGGAUGCGUAUCAAUCAACAAUACACGAUAACCAAACAUUAACAGACGUGCAGAAAUUUACGUAUUUGCAAAAUCAGAUUCAGGGAAUAGCCGCGCAAUGUAUCGCCGGUUUACCACUCACAAGUGCAAAUAACUAUCAAGCCGUAUCAAUACUGAGAGAGAGGUUUGGUCAGAACCACAAAAUCACAAACGCAUAUAUUCAGAAUUUAAUUGAUUUACCCGCACCGAGGUCAAACGCAGACAGUUUGAGAAACUUUUCCGACAGAAUUGAGUGUAGCAUACGCGGAUUAGAAUCGUUAGGAACAAACGAGAGUACAUUUGGAGCCAUUCUUAUUCAUACAAUGCGACAGUAG